AUGAAAAAGAAAUUCAAAACAUGGGAGGAGGCAACAUCACUACGAGAAGUGAAAGCACUGAAAAAGCUGCCUCAUCCAAAUAUUAUCAAGUUAAGAGAGGUAAUCCGAGAAAACGAUGUAUUGUACUUUGUUUUCGAGUAUAUGCAAGAGAAUCUAUACGAGUUAAUGAAAGACAGGGACCGGUACUUUCCCGAGGGUGUUAUUCGCAAUAUUAUCUAUCAAAUUCUACAAGGACUUGCAUUUAUGCAUAGGAACGGGUAUUUUCAUCGAGAUAUGAAGCCGGAGAACAUUAUGUGCAAUGGAACAGAAUUGGUGAAGAUUGCUGACUUUGGACUGGCGCGUGAAGUACGAUCCAAACCGCCCUAUACCGAUUACGUAUCUACGAGAUGGUACCGAGCGCCCGAAAUCUUGCUACGAUCAACUUCUUAUAAUUCCCCAAUAGAUAUUUGGGCCCUUGGUUGUAUAAUGGCGGAACUGUACAUGCUCCGACCGUUGUUUCCUGGCACAAGUGAACUCGAUCAGCUGUUCAAAAUUGUAACAAUUAUGGGAACGCCAAGUAAGGAAGAUUGGCCCGAAGGCUAUCAACUAGCAGCCGCUAUGAAUUUUCGCUUCCCGCAAGCACCUCCAACUCCUAUGGAGACCAUAGUGAAUACUAUUAGCAAAGAUGGUAUGAAACUCAUGAUGGAUAUGAUGCUUUGGAACCCCGAAAAGAGGCCAAGCGCUAGCCAUAGUCUCAAGUAUAAAUACUUCCAAGUGAAUGAGAAACUAGGAGCGCCAGUGAUGAGUCAACCGGCUACGGGAACUGUGAGAAAGGCAAGUGCUGGCAGCACCCAAAGUGAUUCAAAAGCGAUCAUUGGCAAGCCAAAGCCAAUGAUCACGAAGGAAUACCCUGGUUCCGAAAACGUUUCACCAACGGGUAAAUUGAUAGAAAGGCAUGUGAAUCGCAAUAUUCCACUCAAUAAAUCCAAUCUAUUCGAUAAACUUGAUGAAAGUUUCUCAAAACUUGAAAAGAUCGAUGCAGCGAAGAAACAAACCCUUGAGAAGAAGCCAGCGAAGGAGAUAUAUCUGUCAAAAUCACGAUUUAUACCAGGAGCUGUCCCGAAGGAAGGUGGCGGAAACAAUACGCUAGCAGUUGGUGGAGCACCGAGUGCAAAGACUCGUUCAGCAGUACAAGCGAGGUUCGAAUACGCAUACGGGUACGUGCCGAAUUUCGGUGCAAGGACAUUAAACAACAACGCAACCAACAACAAGCACAGUAGUGGUCGGACCGAUUGGAUGGCAAAGUACAUCCGAAACUAA